AUGGAGACAAGUAAUUCUAAUAACUUCACGCAUAUCUUCGUCUCUAGAGACCCUACACCAGACACUAAUGGGAAUACGAUGCUCGAAGACCCAACGACCGCAUUAGCGUUACCGGAACAGAGUGAUUUCGGUGUAAUGCCCACCCCUCGUGCUGCCGGAUGGGAUUUCCCCAUAGACCAUUCCUGGGGAUGGGCCAACAAUCUAUCUCAGACCCAAACCCAGACGUCUGAUGAAAGUGUAGGCUGGGAUGAAACAUUCGAGUCAAUUUUUGGCCACAUCACUUCGUCCGACGAUCAAUGUUAUGCUCCCUGCGAGACGACUCUUUUCUCCCACGGUGGUGAUACUAUCGGCGAGGGCGUCGAGCUAACAAAUCCAGCACCUGCUCUCUCUGGCCAACAAGUCCUCUCUCCUUUAGGUUCGGAGCCUAUCCAAAAGCAUCGUAUGCGGAAGCAGAAUCACUCCUGUGACCCAUGCCGUCUUGGAAAGAGGGCAUGUGAUCUUGGUGGCGACGGUGACCGUGGUGCGACUCUUCGAGACGGCAAGCCCAACACCUCAUGUUCGGCCUGCAUAUCUCGUAGGCUAGACUGCACCGCAUCGUGGCUCGCAAGUAGACAGUCAUCACAGCAAGCCAGAAAGCGAGCCAGGACGUCCUACCAUAAAUCUGGGACAGACAAGUUGACUGGCCAAGUCUCCGAGAACGAGAAACCGCCUGCUGCCGACAGCACGUUACCUAGCGACUGGCUCACUUCAUCCUCGUCAGAGCAAGAGCUGGUAAGGCAACAUACCGGGAAUGCUGCAUCUGCACACCAGUUCAAUCUAUACAUCGAUGCUAUCGAUGUCCCCAUGACGGACUGUCUAUCUGAAGGAUGCAUGCCGCCAAAAUUCCCUCUGGGCCUUGCUAUUCUCCCCCGUUUGAACAGCAACUCUAUCAUUUCGCCCUAUAUCCGUCAAGCUCAUUCCUGGAUCAAGGACUGCUGGAAUACUUCUACAACGUCUUGGAGCUUCCCAGCAGCGGCCCCUCAUCUUUUCCUUGCCGUCAGCAUUCUCGAUUCGCUAUUUCAACAACAUGGGAAUCCUGAACAUUCUGCUGGUACGGCGGCCCGUGGCGCCCUGUUCAGCGAGGUCUAUAAAUGGGUUGCACUAGCAACCGCAUCUCAAUUUUGGUUCGAGAGGGAUGAUGCCAAAAAGAGCCGAGCACGGGAUCUUGCGUCCGCCACCUGGCACAAGGCCAAAACAAUACUUUUCCAGAAUAUUGCUGCCACUGACUCAUUUCGCCUGGCAUUGUCACUUAUCUUGUUCGGAACGAUAUGCCCGCCCCCUCCGAGAGACGGCGGCGACGAUCUCCAUACUGAUGCCGACUUCGCGCGCCGAGAAGGGGUUCGGCGCCUUCAAAAACUCUGUAUUCAGGCAACUACCAUUCUGCAACACGACUGUCAGCUCCCUCGCCCAAGGCGUCAGAGUGGCGCACGCGGACUAUUUGAAAGGCAACACCCAGUGCAGAAACUACCUGCUGAGGUCAAGGAAGAUCUUCUGGAACUGUGUGGGGCACUUGAAUGGCUGGUUGUUAUAAUGAAUUCAACAGCAAUUAUCACCUCCGGAGGGAGAAAUUGUCCUAUACGACCAGAUAAGUGCGCCCACGACAGGUCCUGCCUACUUAUGCCGAGAUUAACCCCCAAAUCGUCUGAAACUGAUUCGACUGUCGCUCGACGACACGAGGAAGGGUUGAACGAUUCAAUCAUCGCGCGAGCCAAGGCAGAGCCACAUACAAUUACGACAAUGGUACACAGAGAUACUACAGAUGAAAUUGUGCGCCACGCCAUUGGUAGAUCUGGAUCCCUUGUCAUUCUACUAUAUAAGGCACUUGCACUAUUAACAUAUGCUGUUGAGGAUAUGCAAGAAACUGAAUCAAGCUAUGAAGACAUCCACCGCCACUUGAGGGCAGUAACAACCCUCGUCGAGAUUUGGAGAUCGACGUUUGGAACGUAUAACGUUGACACCACUUUGCGUAUCCGACGGUCCCCCAUAAACGUACGAUCUUUGAUAUUCCACUGCUCAGGCGAUGGUGAUCUUGCCGUUCUUUUGUUUUACAAGCUACUGUGUCGACUAGACGCCGAGAUUGCAAACCAUCAAACGUCACCCGCGCGUGACCGUCUCUCCACGACAAUCCGCUCAAAGUGGACUUUGUACCAAGAUCACCGACUUGCAAGCGCAACACAGGUGUCAAUGAUAGCUUCAAUAGUUUCUGAAAGCAUGACGGGACAAGAAGCUUACAUUCCGGGAAUUGCCUAUCAUCCAUAUCCAGCCUUAGUUGUUCAAGCGCAUACAUUAGCUGUUGAGGCCUUCACAGAUAAUAUCCAGAGUUGCAUGUUGAGAAUGGACACGAAACAAGCGUCGGAAAUGGGAUCAGGCCUGAACGUCUGUCUGCAGGGCUUACAAGGGCUGAAGCGGUCUCUAGUGAACUUCCCGAAUGUCAAUAAUGAUAGCGAGGAGCCAGGCUCGUGGCAUUUACCUUACUCGGAUUGA